CUUAGGCUUACUACUACGGCUAAUGAAUUUUGACGCUGGCAAAAACUUUGUUAUUUUAAGACACUUUUUUUCAACGAAGACUUUUUUGUUUUAAGGGAUGUUAACAUCGUAUUUUGGUAGAUAUCAGGCAUAUUAUAUGUUACCUAGUCAGUAUCAUACGAUGGGAAGAACAUUCGGUCCGGAUUUAAUUAUACCGACCGUCCAACGCCAGCAUUUUUAUAAUCCGCAAGAGCAAAGCGUAUUUUAUCCUGAUCCAAAUCAUCUGCAUCAUAAUCAACAAGAGCAACAGCAGCAGCAGCAGUCACAAAAAGAGGAACUUGGAAAGGCGAACACCCUAGAAAGAAAACAAACCAAAGAAAAAUCGGAAAGGGAACAUUUUAGACAAGGACAGAACAACUCUGAAAUAAAAUUUUCUAUUGAAAGAAUUCUUUCAAGCGAAGGUACUGGUAACUGCAGGGAAAACUUAAAAGAAAAGAUAAAAGAAAAAAAUGAAGAGGAUGAUGACGAUGAUGAAGAAGAAGCCGAAUGUAACACUGAAGAUAUUAAGUCAGAGAUGGACACAGAGGAAUCGGUACAUUAUGAGUGGCUUCAUUGUACAAGAUACAAACCACCAAAACUGCAACGUACAAGAAAAAAGGAAAACAGCAAAAAACGGAAGUUAGGUCGGAAUCCACGUGUUCCUUUUACACAGCACCAAGUCGUCGGACUGGAACGGAAGUUUAGUCGUACGCAUUAUCUUAGCAGCAUGGAUGUAGCAGAACUUUCCUCGGCUCUUAACCUCACAGAAACUAGGGUGAAAAUAUGGUUUCAAAAUCGUCGCGCUCGUGAAAGAAGAAAUAACCACACAAAACAAACACAAGGUCAAGGAUCUGAACAAGGAGAUGGUUCUGAUUCCAAAUUUAUGUUUGCGCCUUCUACAUCCUGUUUUGGGCCUUCUAUGGUUGUGUCUAAUCCCGAUUCUUCGCAGAGGUCCUUGCAACAAUUACAAGAGGCAAUCCAGCACUGCUCUGCAUUUGCACCGAUGCCUUAUAGACAUAAUUCAAGUGGAACAUGAAUGUUGCCUUUAGCGUAAUGGUACAUGUGUCUGCUCUCUCUCUCUAUAUAUAUGUUUAUGAAAUACCUUAUGCUUUAAACUCGUGGUAUCAAGAAUCACGUAAAAUAAAAGUACUGGUUUUAUGCUGUAUUUUGUUUCCGGUUUUCAAAAUAGGCAGAAAUGAGUGAAAACAACAAGACAGUGUUAUCGGAGCAAACUAUUGACCUAUCUUCCCAUACAUGUGCCCAUUCUUCGCCGGGAAAGUCCACAACUUUUAGGAUAGAAUCAAUCGCUAAAUAUCGUCUUGGGGCCCAUGGUAUGCUUCUUUUGCGGAAAUCAAUAUAUCGAAUGACUUCAGACAUGUUGCAUUCUGUCAUCAUAAGAACAUUCACCUCACUCGGGAAUCAGACUAGCUAUCUUUCAAUUAAUAGUCUUUGUUACCCAACGAACUGACCGAUUAUAAGUCAAAGUGAACUUGUUGUCUUUUCACUUUUCAAAUUCCCGCUACUUAAACGCACUCAGCAACAAUAACAAUGCAAUUAAAAAGCAAUGACAAUUAGGCACGGUAUGUAAGUACCCAUGUUAAUAUGAAACAAAGAAAGUCUCACGAACCGUAUGCUCAGGAGAAUUAUCAAGGACCCGACGAAACAUAUUUUUUAUCAUAAGAAAGCAUGUCAUUUCGUAAGUGCAUAUUAAAUAAAUCAUCACAUUUAUUUAUAUACAUACAGCAAUAGUAACAAAUGUGCGUUUUGCUGUUUGAUUAUGUAUAGUUUUAUUACGGCAUAAUUAGUUACUAAAUAUAAGGUAUUAAGGUACUUAAAUCAUUUAAAGUGAUAUACAUACAUAUUUAUGUUUUGUGUGCCGUGCAGAACUUUUUAGUGUACUUAUAUUUGUCGUUCAAAUUUUGUAGUCUUUAUAAAUAUGUGAAUAACACAUAUAAUUCUUUACGAAAGUAGGACGACUGAUCUAUAUAUACUUAUCGCCACAUUAUCAAUUUAUUUACUAUCUUUAUCAUUUCGUUUUUACACAACUCCUAAAUUUUAUGUAUAAAGUUAAGGUCCUAUCUUGACGGAUCUUGUCAUACUAGUAUCUGUAAGCAUUCACUUGUAACUGUAAGGUGUAUUAAAAUAAUAUGAGCCGUGCCAUGAGAAAACCAACAUAGUGGGUAUGCGACCAGCAAGGAUCCAUGCUGUUCGCUAACGGUUUCUCUAAUUGUAAUAGGCUUUGAAAGCGAACAGCAUGGAUCCUGACCAGACUGCGCGGAUGCGCAGGCUGGUCUGGAUCCAUGCUGGUCGCAAAGCCACUAUGUUGGUUUUCCCAUGGCACGGCUCAUUUGAAUGUAAUAUCUGUUUCAUAUUAUUGUACUUACCAUAAUGUAUGCAUUAUGCAGUCCUCUCAAAGGUAAGACAAUAUAAAAGAGGUCUUUUAAAGUUCAAGAGAUUUUACAUAAUAUGUGCAUAGAAAUGAUGAACGUAUCAAACCGAGAACUUCAGUGAGUGUCCUUGAAUUUCAUUCUGUAUUUGAAAAGAAAUCAACAAGAAUUUAUUGAAGAAUGAAAAAGACUUUUGAAACAUGUGCAUAUUUUUAAACUAUUCAAACGCACAUGUAAUUGUGAGAGUAUUCUUUUAAAAGUAAUAGUAUAUAGUAAAAACUGACGGUUGAUCAGAGUGUUGUACAGUAAAUCAGGUUUUUUUUUGUCACAAGAAAGAACUCCGUUCAGUUUAGGAAUUCUCAAACACAGGUGUGGCCAGUAAGCAUUAAAUUUGGUUCCGUACCAUAUAGACUAUAAUAUAUUGCAAUGAAAUGUUAUAAAGAGUUGUGCGUAAAUAACUGAUUUAAAUCACAUAUCUUUUGUUGAUAUACUUGUUUUAAAUAAUGAUUAUGUUGAAAAAAUAUGUUUUAUGUCAUGAUUUAUCGUUUGUCGUAUUGGUCUGUAUCUUCACAUGUCAUAUAUAAU